AUGGACCCCAGUGCCCACGACAAACGAGGUGUAAUCAUUCAUGCAAGGGCACGGAUCCAGAGGUUUCCUCGUAUCCCCGCGCGUGGUGACAUUGCAAUCCACCAGCUGGUUCUCGGGGGUCUCUCCCCGGAGACCAGCUGCCUUUGGGCCACCAUGAGCGACGGAUUUGCUGCCACAAAUAUGCCCAUCGAUAGAAGAGUGAUGACAAAGGAGUCCACAUAUGUUAGGCUGGAGCAGACUUCGCUAAUUCGCAACAUAAGUGGGCUAAAUUUAAUGAUGACCGCACACGGACGAGAAGGGAUGCAAUUCAGAGAUCCUCGUGAUCACGGGGAGAUUAUCCAGAAGGCGAAGCUUCUUGAUAAUUGCAGUGAACUUGACUUUGACGGCAGCAAAAAGGAGAGAAAAGAUCAGAAUGAGUUGAUGCCGUUUGGUCGCCUCACUUUCACAAAUGCAGUUCUCAAAGUAUCCGGCUUGACCACCAGGAUGAUGAGAGAUUUUGAUACGCCCCAAGCACUCAGCCAGGCAUGCAAGAGAAUACUGAAUUAUUCCGACUCUGGUUAG